GAUCGUAAACGAAUGAACUAAAUUUAGAGAGAAGAAGAAGAGUGAAGAAGAAGAAAGUAGAGAACAAAAAUCCAAAUGUAAGGUCCACAGUGUUCAACUGUAAAAGUACCAAAAAUCAAAACCCAUCUCUCUCGGACGAAACCCCCCAAAUUUUGAGGUUGUGAUUGAACCUCAUCAUAAACAAUGGCCCCGCCCCCAGUUUCAAUUCCUUAAUCCACACACACACACACACACACACACACACACGCAUACACACAUUAUGAAGAAGAAACCAGACCUUCAUCAACUCCAUGACCACGAUCGUCAUCUCGAAAUCCUCAAGGCCGUCGCUCAGGCAUGGCACAACCACACCGGCACUUCAAGGCCUGCUAGUGAAUUCGACGCCCAUCGCCGGAAUUCCAGACCCACGCCGUCUAGGUUCAAGCUUGAGGCUAUUCGGAGCCGGACUAAUUCCGUCAGCAAUCGGAGAUGGGACUUCGCACAGUCGCUGUGGGAUUCGUAUGAGAUCGUGACGGUUUCGAAAAAGCUAGAGGCGGGUCUGGUGCUCGACGGGGAUGGGUUCCGGGAAGCUGAGAGCGGGGGUGGGCGGAGUCAGCGGAAAAGGCGAGAGAGUUGUAAUAGUUUGAGGAAUUUGUUUAAUAGGGCUUCUUCGAGGAGAUUCAAUUAUUAGGGAUUUCAAGUUCGAAUUCGAACUGAUGAAUGGAAUGUGAGACUUUGUUGAUUAUCCAAAUUUUGAAACCCAGAGGUUUUGAUUUUU